ACACAAACACGUAUUGUGAGUACAUUGGUCAUAUUGAUGUUGUUUUUAUCUUAAUGGAAAGAAACUUUAUUUUGAGUGAUGUACGGGAUUGCAGGUGCGUUGUCUGCUUCACGAUAUUCCGUAUGUUGUAUAUUCGUGUUCCUCCGUGUUUAGAAAUAAGCGUUCUCUGUAAGCUUUAUAUUUAGUGACGAAAUUCGAUCAAAUUCAGUUUUGAUGAGUGACUCGGAGUCUGCCUCUAAAUCAGACGAUUGUCAGAGCAAGGGAGAAGAUAGUCAACAUGUAACCAAAAACGGCAAGCCGAAGACGAAGUCAAAAGCUAAGGUGUUCAGCAAGCGUAAUAAAACUAGUGAGAUCCAGAAGGCUCUUUUCAAAGACCCUGCAGAUGUAGCACGUCUCAGACAGCUGUCCAUCAGCAGGGGUGGGCUCAUCAGUGAUGAACUUCGGAAGAAGGCAUGGCCCAAACUCCUGGGAGUUAAUGUUCAGGACAUUGACGCUAAGCCAUCCCAGGAGGUUUUGACGGCUCAUCGGGACUAUGAUCAGGUGGUGCUGGAUGUCAACAGAUCACUAAAACGCUUUCCUCCAGGUAUGGAGGAGUCUCAUCGUAUGGCCAUGCAGGACCAGCUGGUGGACUGCAUCAUGAGGGUUCUCGUCAAGCAUGAAGAACUUCAUUACUACCAGGGUUACCAUGACAUCUGUGUGACAUUCCUUCUGGUUGUGGGAGAAGAUAUUGCCUUUGCCUUAGUGGAAAACCUCUCCCUAAAUCAUCUACGAGACUUCAUGGAUGCCAACAUGGAUCGGACCAAACACAUGUUGAACUACUUGUAUCCCAUCAUUCACAAAGCCAAUCCUGAACUCUACGCAUAUCUAGAAAGGGCUGAGCUGGGAACCAUCUUCAGUUUGAGUUGGCUCAUCACAUGGUUUGGUCACACAGUGAAUGAUAUCAAACACAUUGUCCGCUUGUACGACUUCUUCAUCGCCUGUCACCCCCUCAUGCCUAUCUACCUGGCUGCCGCAAUAGUUCUACAUAGGGAGAAGGAGCUGCUGGCCUGUGAAUGUGAGAUGUGCUACCUGCACAGCCUGCUGUCCAAGAUACCAGAUGACCUACCUUUUGAACUGUUGAUAGCCAAGGCAGGGGACCUCUACCUCCAGUACCCUCCCACCCAACUAGCUAAUGAGGCAGUCAUCAAGUACAGGGAAAGCACCUCGUUAGCCAAGAAGUUACAACAUGCAGCAAGAAAUCAAAAGCCUGACGGUCUUCUGAAGAGGCUGCGCAAACAAGGGGUACGGGCGCUGGUUGUCCAAGAUGGCAGGAAUGUGGUAGUGAAAGUAACUGUGUGGACACUCAGUGCCGUGCUUAGUGCCGCAGUCUUUGCUGUUCUCAACGCCGCCACAGACUGGGAUUGGAUGGACUGGGACCAUUGGUCUAGUUGGUUCUGAUAGGUUGUUGGCAGGUCAUGUGAUAGAUAAAUUAUUUUAAUUGUUUGACAGUGUUCAGGAAUAUUUUAUUUUGGUUUUACUGUGUCAGAGAUGUUUAUUUUCAUGUGAAUGGAAAAUAUGUUUAUGUGGGUUAAGAUGAGUUGUGAUGACUGUAUUUUUGAAAGCAUUAUUUGUAGUUAAUGUGACACUUAUGAUUAAGAAGAUAUAUGUGAGGGUUUUAUUCUUUUUUGAAAGAGAGCCAGGUAUUUGAAAUACCAGGAUCAUAGAAUUGUGAUUGUAAUCCUAAAAAUGUGCCAACAAAGUUUUGUACUUGCUCCGGUGAAGCACACUUGUCAUCAUAAUUUUCUUGUUACGUCUUCAGAUGUCUUUUCAGUGCUGUCAAAUAUGUUUCAAAUAUAAUUAUCAUUAUCAUUAAGGAUGUACAUCACCUGGAUUUUGAUACUUGGUAGUCAGCAGAACACCAGCUUGCCACCCUAAGGGUCUAUGUAUGUGCUGUGCAUCACUCACAACAAGACCCAUGAAGAUCCGGAUUAAAAUUGAUCUUUAAUUACCCAUGCUUGUCGUAAGAGGCGUUUAACAGGAUCAGGUGGUCAGGCUCACUGA